AUGACAAUUAUCAAAACAACUACUAUAACAAAACUUAUCACUACCAUUACCGACAUAUACUCCAGUAAACACUCAUUCCCACUAACUAACUACUAUUAGUCUCACUAAUUCUCAGUCUCACUACCUUUCAGUGCCCCUUAACUAUUCAAUAAUUCCCCCUACCACAGCCAUCUUCCCUCACUCCCUCAUCCCCUAUUACUAACCACACCAUGAAUAUUCAACGACUUAAAAACUUAUGGUCUAUAAGGACUAAAAACAUAUCCAAACGGAUUCAACAGGCACUAGAGGAGUUAGCUGAGGGACUUUCCGGUAACAAUCCCAGUCCUCAAGUUCAACCUCAGCCUAUUGCUAUCCCCGUAAGAAAUAGUGGAAGAAGCAGAUUCCCUGUUCAACAACGAAACUUUCAAAGAUACUUUGGAUCCUUUUCUGGAUUCAAUACCAAUUUCACUACGGGAGGAGCAGGCUCGCCCUGGAGUUUUCAUAAAUUUAAGAGUCCCUUUUUAAAACCUCGUUUAAUGUUUAAAUUUUAUAAUACUCAUAAUACUGGAGGAGGUAGUACUCUGAAGAUUCUUAAACUUUUAAAUAGGAAAACUUCUUCAUCGUUAUUUCAUAACUUUAGUCAAACUUACCAAUCAAGUUUCCGAGCUAAAUGGUCUAAUGCUAAUGUCCGAUUGACUUAUCGAUCUGUAUUUUUCAAUUUAAAGGAAAAGUAUCAGAUUGGAAAUGAUGAUGUUCAAGGUAAUAAAUUUAGACCUUCGAUUGCAUUGAAUUUAUCAUUGAAUGCUGAUCAUCAUCAGUUAACUUUGAAGUUAGCCAAGACUGAUUCUAGUGCUACUUAUCAAGAGAAGCUUGUAUCUAACCAAGUCAACCAUGGAUGCUAUAUGGAUUUCCCCAUUAACUUCAAUUUAAGUAUCCCUGAUGAAACCAUUUUGAACGAAGAGAUCUUAGAAGAAGUUAUGUUCAAUAUCAAGAUGUUUGAAAGGAAACUUAAAGAGUUGAAGCAAGAUUUACAUAAUUUAUUUGAUUUAGGUGAAUUACCCAUUAAACAUAUAAGCUCUAAGAAUGUACUUCGAGUAUAUUUCCCUAAUUGUGAUAAGGCAAAAUUGGAGAGUUUAUGUAAAGAAAAGAAUAUUAUGGGUGGAAUCAUAUUUGAGGAUAUAACUGAUCAAGAUGGUAAUGCAUAUCCUCAUUAUGAGUCUACUUCAAUGUCUGAUGUAAUUCCUGACAGUAAUGAAGCAUCAUCAACUGUAACUGCAAAUGAUAUCUUAAGUUCAUACUAUGGAUCUAACUCUACCAAUUCGUCAGUAUCGGACUUCGAUAAUGAAUUAGAAGAAGAUGUAUUAUCGAGUUCGAUAAUUCAUCCUAUAUCUGAUGAUCAAAUUGUUCGACUCGACGAUAUGGUAGUGGAUGAGCCUCCUCAAUGGCAAGUUCAAGUUCCUCAAAUGCAACAUAUUAACAUUAACGACUAUGAUGAUUUUUAUUGGGUGAGUCCCGCAUGAUUACGACUAUUCUAUUUACACUAUAAUUCUAUUCUAUUCUAUUCUAUUCUAUUCUAUU